GAUGCAUUCACUGGAUGUCAAAUCCUCCCAUGUUCGCAUAAAGUCCACAAAGAAUGCGCAACUCAAAUGAUACGCAGCGGAAUGUAAGUACUUUUAUAAUUCUGGGAGGUUUCUCGAGAUGCUUGACGAUUAAAUACAGAGGUAGUACGCAUUGAUUACUCUACAGUAUUAUUAUGUAACCCCCCCCCCCAGAAAAAACUCUGCUAUUGCGUAUUAAGUUUACGUUUCUAGCUUUUUGAAUAAGGAAAUCGAUGCCUGUUUAUGGCGCAUGGUGACCAAGGAUUAACCAGGUUAUAGUCGUUAUAGCGAUGUAUUAUACAUAUAAUUCAAAACAGAUAAUUACUAACUCAAGAUGAUUUAGAAGUGAGCUUUUAAUCUAACUACCUUUUGCUGUUACAAGUAAGAAUUACCUACAUUACAUGUGAGAAUUUCAAUAAAAUAUGUUUUCCUUAACUGGGUUAAGAUGAUCAUCAUCCGCUGUAGAACAUUGUCAUUUUCAAGGAUUCAUUAACUUUUUCAAUGAUUAUUUUACCUUUCCUUAAUUUUUGCCUGAAAUACAAGUACCGUGAGGAUGAAUUUAACGAAUAAACUCAGUGCUUAGAAUGCAGCAAGGGUCCAGGAAGUGCCAUUUCAGGGCUUCAAGUUUCAAACCUUUUUUGGAAGAGCAUGCUCGUUUGUGAGCCCAGAUCCGCCCUUGGACAAGUCCCUUCCGUAUUUUCCAGGCAAUAAAAUCUAGAGGCUUGGUAUACAAAACUCAUGUGAAGAGAGACAAGUCCUUUCUGUAUUCUCUGACCUUGGGCUUGUAGAACGCUUUAUAAAUGACAACAACCUCAUUCAUGUUACUACUGUUCAUGUUACUACUGUAGCAUAACACAGUCGACUAAAUUAAUUUUCUCUGCAAGAUGCCAAGAUCUGAUUUUCUUUUGGAACGUCGACGUUUUUCCACGACCACAUCCACUUCUGUUGCUUUCAAAUGUUGCUUACACUGAAACUCCACAUUCGAGAUAUUAUACAUGUAUUUUGCUUAAACUGAAAGUUUGACUUUCAAACUAACGCUUUCUGUUUUUCUUUUCCCAAAGUACACGUUGUCCAAUCUGUCGUGAGAGCUUUGCUCACAAACUUGAACGACGACCGUUGCCAAAUUCACGAAAACGUUCUGGAAAAUCAUAA